GUUUUACCUGGACAAAUUGCUUUUUUUCGCUCUAGUUUCGGCAAAAGAUGUACCUGCAAAAACGCAUGAAAUGCUUCGCACAAACGACGACUUCGAACGACACGUUGGGAUUCCAAGCGACCUUCAGCAGGAUCAACGCGACUUGGGAGAAUCACUCACUGCUCCCAGGAGAAACGAAAAAAUGACGUCGUAUUGGAAACCAACGAAGCGUCUCAUCGUCACUUACAGGAAUGAAAAAGGGAAGCACGAUGCAAUUUAUGCUUCCAACGCGGUCUACAAUGAGCUCGACAACGAGAAUGCUGUUGCAAUCGAGGCGGAUGAUCAUGCCGCUAUGUAUCUGAAGCUAGACCAAAACAUCGAGCAAGUAGAAGAAGACAGUAUUUGGGAAGCGCAAGGAUAUCUAGAGGAAUACGUAGAUCGAGGAGACCGUCGUCUGCAAGAGCUUAUCCCAUACGGGAUAAGCAUGAUUCAGGCAAACCAAUUGUCAAUUGGAAGUAGCCCGGUGACAGUUUGCAUCGUUGAUACAGGCGUUGAUAUUACUCACCCUGAUCUUGACGCUGAUAACGCGGACGGGGCGAACAGAUUCUCCCAGGUCGAUGGCAGUGUCAUGAACUGGUACGACGAUAGCCGUGGACACGGAUCGCACGCUGCCGGCAUAGUUGCUGCUCGCAUCGAAAACAAUCUCGGUAUUCGUGGAGUAGGAGAAAUUCCCCUGUUUGUUACCAGAGGGCUUAACGAUGAUGGUAGAGCGUAUGAGUCCGACAUAAUUCAAGCAAUUGAGCAAUGCAAGUUGGCUGGUGCAAAAGUUGUAAGUCUCAGUCUAGGUGGCCUUGCCGCCACAAGCCGAACGAGAUCUUUGUAUUCUCGCUUGGACGAGCAGGGUAUUCUUGUGUUUGCAGCGGCGGGUAAUGAGGGAUCACCUCUGUCCAUUUUCCCAGCUGCAUUGCCUGAAGUGGUCUCUGUGGCUGCCGUCCAAGAAGACCGUAGCUACUGGAACAGCUCAAACUAUGGUCCUUACAUUGAACUUUCUGCACCGGGACGCAGAGUCUUGUCAACAGUCCCCCCUGAUCGUUACGCUACAUAUUCAGGAACAUCCAUGGCUACGCCAUUUGCUGCGGGAGCAGCAGCAUUGGUGUGGAGCCACUUUCCAAGCUGCUCGCACAAACAAAUCCGCUUUGCCAUGGCGUACACUGCGGACAAGAAGGAUUCGACUCAAGGCUGUAGCGAGCGCUACGGCCAUGGAAUCGUUCAAGUGAAGGCCGCGUACGAUUUUUUGUUAGUACACUCGUGUACUGCAUUUGAAUGGGGAUUUUCGAGUGGGAAUGGAACAUGUACGACCGUUGAUGAGUCUUUUCGUGCAUUCGAAACAAAUGUAUUCCUCCCAAUCGCAGCCCAGACCACGCCACAAACUUUGAGGCCUACUAGCAAUCCCACUCACCUUCCCACCGCUCGGCCCACGUCUGCUUCCAUCAAUAGCUCACCACCCACUAGGCUGAGAACCUCCAAUCCUAAUCACAAACCCACUGGUGCUCCAAUCUCUCAAGUAGUGGCUUUUCCUGUCAGCGAGCCAAAUCCACAGGCUUUGCCGGCUACGACGUCUAGGCCUACAAGCAACCCCAAUACAACGCGCACACCGCUGGUUGAUUCUUCGUCGGCAGUUUCGCCUCCUCGACGACCAAAUUUUUCAAUAUGGGCAAAACCAUUACAUUGGAAAAGAUUGAUUCAGAAUAGUAUAGCGAGUGAGCCCUAG